AUGGCAACACGGACGGUUUCGUUAGAAACAUCUUGGGGGGAGACACAUAGACGCUCUGAUGUUCUGCAGUGGGCCCCCCUUGCUGAAGCCAAGGUCCGGCCUUGGACGGCGAUGAUCUCCCUGCAGCGCGCCUCGCAGCCAUUCCUUGCCAUUCCUUUUGCCAAUGGCGUUUUUUCUUUUAGCGAGAUAACCACCAAGAGUCGUAAAGUGGCUGCGCCUGGCGCCUCGGAUCAGUACCCAGAAGUGAUAUUGAUGCAGGACGGAUGGGAACAAACAGGCAAGAGAAGGCAAGAGAAAAAAACGCCCACACCCGCACUCGAGGGGGGGCGUGACAAUGGUGGUGGUGGGUGGAUCUCUGCACAUCUCCGCUUGAAAAGCGAUCCCCCGUGCGAGAGAGAGCGAACAGAGGGUACGAUGCGGGAGGCCCCAGAGUCCCGGGUGCUUGGACGUUCAUCUGAGCAAAGGGCAACAAGGGGGGGGGGAUGCGGCGUCGGCCGCCACCACCAAAAAGUCUUGGUCAAACUGCACGUACCCGCUCGCGAGGACUCGACCUCUGGUAUAUACACUCGCCAUGCAAGUUCCGGAUUAUACUACUUGCCAACAAUGUCGACGGUUGAGCAACUCUUCAACGAGUACGCCGGCAAGACGGUGCCGUAUUCCUUCCACGGCGGCUUCGUUUGCCUCAGCUAUGCCGUCAGCCUCGUCGGUGCCGGCUCGACGCUGGAGCUGAUGAGACGCAGAACGUCACACAAGGGUCUUCACAACUUGUAUGUCCAUCUCUUGCCGGUAUCUCUCGUGUGUACCAUCGCAGCUACUGACGCGUGCAACAGCUUGCUGCUGGCUGGUGCAGCCAUGUGCAUGGGUGGAAUUGCCAUUUGGUCCAUGCAUUUCAUCGGAAACCGCGCCCUCUUCAUCUUCGAGGGCCAGUCCGAUCUCCAAGUCGCCUACUCGACCGGCCUGACCGUCGCCUCCAUGUUUGUCCCGAUCCUGGUCCUGCUCCUCGCCUUCCUCGCCGUCACCAAUACGGAUCGCGUGCAGUGGUGGAAGAUCUCGCUGGCCGGCUGCCUCUCGGGCGGUGCCAUCUGCGGCAUGCACUACCUCGGAAACGCCUCCAUCAGCAACUACCGCUGCACCUACACUGUCGCCUACGUCGUCGGCGCCGCCAUCAUCGCCGUCAGCGCCAGUACCGCCGCCCUCGCCGUCUUCUUCGUCUUCGAGUCGAGCUGGAAGACAGCCUGGUGGAGACGUGUCUUGUGUGCUGCCGUGCUGGCCGGCGCCGUGUCCGGCAUGCAUUGGUGCGCCGCCGUCGGCACCCAGUAUAUUCUGAUCGGCCAGCGCAUGGGUGUCGGCAUGUCCCGCGACACCACCAUCAUCAUCGUCAUCUGUCUGGCCAUUGCCGCGUUUGUCAUUACUGGCGCCUGCGCCGUGUACUCUCUCAUUAUCAAGAGGAGCUACGCGAGCCGCGCUCAGCAGGUCGUUCUCGCUUGCGCCGUCUUUGACAAGCGUGGACGCAUUCUCGUCACCAAGGAAGGUCUGCUUCCGACAGAAGUUGUGACUGAUUCCUUGCUUCUCCGGUCCCACGACGAAAUCUUUGACACGAACCAUUCCCUAUUCCACUGGGCCUACCGCGCCUCCCGAAACUGGGCCAGCGUCUCGAACCUCAUCACCCGCAUGGCCGCGCACGUCGCCCAGCUCGCCCGCCAGCGCUACGGCAGCAGCGUCAAGCUCAUGCAAGAAGACGGCAGUCCGAUCCCCGAGUACGACGUUGUCUGCUGCGAGCUCUUCAGUCUCGCCGCCGCCUCCCUCGCCGCCAAGCUGCACGUCAACCUCGCCGACGUCGGUGUGCUCUGGGACGAAAUCUUUGCCACCGGCCGCACCCGCCCCGGCCUCGAAGGCUUCCACCCCAACCAAGAAGACAAGUCGCUCUCCACCGCCAACAAGCACGCCUCGCGCAUGACCGACUCGGACUCGUACGAUGCCGAAAAGGCCGACGUGUCGGGCCUCGAGUACGGCCGCGGCUCGCUCAUGGUGCUCGUGCAGCACGCGCGCACCCGCCACGUCAGUGAGCAGCUCGAGUCAGUCGGCUACCGCUUCGCCGAGCUGGACCAGGUCGUCGGCAUCAUGCGCGCGAGCAUGCAGAUCAAGACGCCCGACCUCGGCCUGCGCCUGCGCCAGAUGGCGGCCCUCUCCGAGGAGGAUACGUCACUGGCCCCGGGCGUGCACGUCGGCGCCUUUGCCAUCCGUGCCCGCGUCGACCACUCGGGCUUUGACGUCCUGGUGCGCCGCCGCGCCCGCGAUCUGCUGCCGACGGUGCCGCUGCCGAUGCAGCAGCUCGAGCAGCGCCACGUCGGCUACCUUAACCACUUGCAGAACCAGACCAUGGCCGUCGUCGCGGACCGCCUCGCCUCGUCCGUCUCGCAGCAGUCGGAGCUCGGCAAGUUUGCCGGCACGCUGCUCGAAGGCAUUCGGGAGCUGCGCAGCACGUUUGAGGAUGACGGCACCUUCGACAAUGCGCUGCUGAUGCAGCAGCCCAUCAAGAUCCCCUACUACGGCCGGGACCGCGCGUCGCUGUCGGUCAACGCCACCGUCAUCAUGUUCCAGCUCGUACUGCCCAUCCACAACGUCAUCCACAUCCCCAAGUGCACCUUUAUCCCCCUCCGCUUCUUCAAGAUGAAGCAGCUGUCGCAGGAGAACUCGCCCUACCACCUCGACUUCUCGCACGCCGUCCACCGCGACAUGUCGUCGGUGCUGCAGAGCAGCGCCACCAACCCGCUGCGGGACACGUACGAGCGCUUCAAGCAAAAGACGAGGGACAACCUGCCGCUGCACGUCUCCCGCGUGCAGGGCGUCAACGCCGCGACGAAGCGCGGCCGCCAGGGCACGCGCACAACCGCCGGUUGGCGCUCCACAAGCCAGGCACGCCUGUCGCCGGGCAAGCUCGACGACAACGGCUCCCUGCAUGGCGUCAGCGACGCCUACAGCGAGUCGGAGGCUAAUGGCUCGUCGAUCCACAAUGCGUCGGACCUGGAAAUGUCCUCGUUCAGCACCGGCGGCGGCCUGUCCUCGCCCAAGACGUUUGGCGGCAUCAUGGUGUCGCAGGAGAUUGUCGUGGAGACGGCCGAGCUGCCGGGCAACACGCCGCCGUACAGCCCGGGCCGGCGCAAGUCAGGCGUGGCCGUGACGAUUUCGCGCGCGCCCGACACAAUCACCACGAGCGACUCGCGGAGCACACAGGAAAGCAGCGCUGAUAUGCCAGUGACGGACGCGCGCGUGCCUCCGGGGAUACCGCAGCAGCAUGUGUUUUCCGGCUCGCGGCAUGCGGCCGACGCGUUUCGGUCUGAGCAAAACGUCGAGAAGCAAGGGUCCAUCUUUGUGGACCAGCUGCUCUCGCUUGCCAUGCGGAAGCAGGUCGUCAUCUGA